AUGUUCUUCAUUUGGUUUCUCAUCUUUCUGUUUUUCAAUCCAAUCAAUGCUCAACAAUACUAUGACCCGUCGCCUUGUUCGGCAAAUACCAGCUAUCCAGGUUCAAGAUACACUUGCAAUUAUUCCUACCAGCAUUCAUGCCAUACUUUUUUAGUGUACAGAGCAACUCGAUAUUUCAAGACUAUCUCAGAUGUCUCUCAAUUGUUACAAGUAGAUCCUGCUAAGCUACUUCUCUUAAACAAUAUUAAAUCUCCGCUGGAAUUUCUCCAACAAGGUAGAGAAGUUCUUGUUCCGAUCAAAUGUUCUUGCCUUGGCCAGUUCUUCCAGGCAACUUUCAACUACACAGUUCCAGAAAACAGUACAACUGACCUCUCGGAUAUUGCUUGCACAAUUUUCGAAGGUUUACUAAAACCGCGUACUCUUGUUGAAGAAAACACAUCUCAAGGAAACAGAGUUAAGGUAGGUACUGAGCUUCAUGUGCCCUUGAACUGUGCAUGUCCAGAUAAUUUCAGUAGUAGUGGUGGUGGUGUCAAGUACCUUGUGACCUACCCUUUGGUAGAAGGUGAUGAACCAAGCAUACUAAGUGAAAAAUUUACCAUCUCUCCUGUAGAUUUAUGGGUCGCUAAUCAUUUUCAACCUUGGCCUACUAUAUAUCCAAACACAACUGUCUUAAUUCCCUUGAAAAAACACCCAGUCAUUAAUUUCAGUAUCUCACACUCUCCACCUCCCAGUCCUGGUUUUCUUCCCACAAUCUUAGUACAGAAAACCACCAACACAAAGUUAAGGAAUCUGUACAUUGCAGGAUCAGUUGUUGGGUUUUCUCUGGUACUUGCUGCAUUGAUUGCUUGUGGGCUGUAUGUGAAGGCCUUACGCAAAGGUAAGGUUGUGAAGUUACAGUCGUUCAAUACUAGAAGCUCUCCACUUUCAUGUUCAACACCUAGAAGUUCGCCUAGAUCGGGACAAUUAACGAGUAGAAGCUCAGCAACUUCUUGUUUAUCUCCUGAUCUUCUUGCUGGCAUUAUGUAUUCCUUGAGGAGCUAUAGCGUUGAGGACCUCAAGAGAGCGACAGAGGAUUUCAGCAAAGAAAGAAAGAUUGGGGAUCAAGCCUACAAGGGGUUGAAUAAUAAUGAUAAUGCAGAAAUGAUGAUCAAGCUGAUGAGAUUUGAAGAGACUCGCCAAGUUAUCGAUAUACAUUCAAAAAUCAACCACAUAAAUAUUGUGAAUUUGCUUGGUGUUUGUUAUGGAGAGAAUGACUAUUCUUGGUCCUACCUCGUGUUCGAGUUACCUGGCAAUGGCUGCUUGAGGGACUUGUUAUCUAAUUCAUCGAAUCCUCUUCCAUGGGAUAAACGAACUCAAAUAGCUUUUGAUAUUGCUACAGGUCUUCACUAUCUACAUUAUUGCAUUUUUCCGUCUUAUGCUCACCUGAGUGUCAACACUAGAAAUAUUUUUGUAACAACAGAUUGGAGGGCAAAGCUUACAAAUAUCAGAACCAACCCUCCUGUUGGUUCUUCCAAAGGAAAUGAAAAUAUAGAGUGUGUCAAAGGAUGGGUUGCGCCAGAAUACGUUGUUGGUGGCUCGGCUUCUGCCAAGGUAGAUAUUUUUGCAUUUGGAGUUGUUCUACUUGAGCUCAUCUCACGAAAAGAUGACGUUGAUGGAAAAUCAUUCAAAGAAUGUAUUGCAUUUUUGGGUGGAGGAACUAGUGAAGGUGGCUGUUUCGAUGGAUUGAGGAGUUUCAUGGAUCCAUAUCUGAAGGAGGAUUAUCCUCUUGCCGAGGCCUUAUGCUUAGCUGUUUUGGCAAAGGCAUGUGUUGAAGAGGACCCUUUACAUAGGCCAUCUAUGGAAGAUAUCUUGAAAGUUCUUGUCAGAAUGGUACGAUGA